AUGGAGGAGUAUACGCGACCGCACUUCUUUUUCCACGGCGACGUGGGCGACGAAAAACUGGAAGAUGAAAAGCGCUGUUGCCACUUCUGCCAGAUCCGUUCAUUUUCGACACAUGUCCGAUUCCCUAUCACCAUCGUGAAUACGGAGGACGACGCCGUGCUCAACCCCAAUUUUCGGUUCAUGGACAGGUCGAUCCUCGGAAAAGGUGUAGAGCCGACUAAGAGAGAGUUCCUUUCCGGUUGCGAGUGCGUCGAUUCGGAAGACUGCCAAUAUAAUACGUGCAACUGUCUCCAAGAUGUCGAGGAUGAUAGUUCCGACGACGAAUAUCUUUACGAUAUCCAUGGCGCGAGACCUCACAAGAAAGUCUACGCGUACCACAGCCACGGCGCCAAGGCCGGUCGGCUACGUUCAAAGGUUCUCGCGUCGCGCGAUCCAAUAUACGAAUGCCACGAGAGCUGCGCGUGCGGCCCAUACUGUCCAAACAGAGUAGUGGAAAGAGGUCGUCGGAUCCCGCUGCAGAUAUUUAGGACUAAGAAUCGCGGAUGGGGCGUGCGAAGUACCGUAGAUAUCAAGAAGGGCCAGUUUGUCGACAAGUACAUGGGUGAGAUUAUUACCGCUCAAGAGGCUAACCGUCGGCGAGCGGAGUCGCAUAUCGCCCAGCGCAAGGACGUAUACCUAUUCGCGCUCGAUAAGUUCUCCGAUCCCAACUCUUACGACGACCGCCUCCGCGGACCACCGUUAGAAGUAGACGGCGAGCUUAUGUCAGGCCCGACUAGAUUCGUCAACCACUCUUGCGAGCCGAACAUGCGCAUCUUUGCUCGAGUAGGGGAUCAUGCAGACAAGCAUCUACAUGAUCUAGCAUUGUUUGCGAUUCGGGACAUACCAAGAGGUGAGGAGUUGACAUUCGAUUAUGUGGAUGGGGUGGACGAUUCGGAAAACGACGCUCUAGAUCCGGACAAGCAGAAAGAUAUGACACGUUGCUUGUGUGGAAGCAAAAGUUGCAGAGGCUACCUCUGGUAA